AUGCCCUCUGUCAAGCGAGGCGCCAACUCCGACUCGCCAGGGGCUACGAAGAAGCAGAAGGCCAAUGGCAGUAUCACCUCGUUCUUUGGGGCUCCAAGGCCGAAGGAUGGAGUUGGUGCUGGUACACAAAACUCCAGUAUCCCUCCUCCCACCAGCCGCUUCAACAAGGAGAAAUGGGUGGCCUCGUUGACUGCUGAGCAAAAAGAGCUAUUGCAAUUAGAGAUCGAAACACUCGAUGAGAGCUGGCUAGCCCAUCUCAAGGACGAGGUUGUGACUCCUGAAUUUCUCAAUUUGAAGCGAUUCCUCAAGAAAGAGAAGGACUCGAAAGCUACGAUAUUUCCACCGGAAAAGGACAUUUACUCCUGGUCUCGACACACGCCUCUACAUACCGUGAAAGCCGUGAUUCUCGGACAAGAUCCAUAUCAUAACUAUAAUCAAGCGCAUGGUCUUUGCUUUUCCGUACGACCACCGACCAAAGCGCCCCCUUCCCUGAAAAACAUAUACAUUGGACUCAAGAAUGAUUACCCGUCAUUUGAAUGCCCUCCAAGUGACGGUGGCUUGUUGACCCCCUGGGCGGAGCGCGGCGUGCUCAUGAUCAAUACCUGCUUGACCGUUCGAGCCCACAAUGCCAAUAGUCAUGCCAAUCGAGGAUGGGAAAGAUUUACGCAAAAGGCGAUUGAUACUGUUGCUCGUGUUCGCACCCGCGGUGUGGUCUUUUUAGCUUGGGGGACGCCGGCUGGCAAAAGAGUGGCAGCGGUCAACAAGCAAAGACACUGCGUACUACAGUCUGUUCACCCGAGUCCUCUGAGUGCUCGCAAUGGAUUUUUUACCAACGGUCACUUCAAGAAAUGCAACGAAUGGCUUGCAGAGAGAUACGGAGAUGAUGCCAUGAUUGACUGGAGCUUGAAUCCAAAUAAGUCCGUUUUGACUCAGAAAGCUAUUAGCACUGCCACUGAAGGAAAGCAAGAAGGACCUCUUGCUCCCAGUAAACACGCCAACAAAGCCCCUCCCUCUUCUCCCACGCCUCUUGGCGAUGGGGACGUGGAAAAUGGCGGCGCCAAAGCGAAGUCCACAUCAGUUGCAGCAAUCAAGACAGUUACGGCCGAUGCCGACCCUCUUUGUGACGAGGAUGACCUUGACGCACUCGAGGCUCUUGCCGCUGCUGAAGACCUUGCAAAUGCCGCUACGGUUACUGGUGCCGAGUCAAUUAAAAAAGACGAAGUGACCGUCGAAGUGAAGAAAGACUAG